CGCGCCGCAGUCGGAGCGUGAGCCGCGCGGGCGCAGGGGACGGCGCGGGGCUGCUGGUGGCCACAGCUUCGUCGGGGACGGACUGCACCGGUGCUCGGGGUCGCGGGCAGCCGCGCGUGGGCCGAGCGGUGGGCGCGGCGUAAGAACAAAUCUUUGUGAUAUUCCACACCUGUGUGCUGAAGACUUACCAAAGCUGCUGUCAGGAAUUGGCAUCCUGGGAAAAGGACAGCUUCCAAAAUCAGGGAAACUUUCAGGAGAUUCCUGGCCCAGUGGAUCUUCUGAAGAGCAAUGCCAAGACUUUUGGUUUAAAGAAGUCAAAGGAAGAACAAUCUCUUCAGAUAAGAAGAUCUUCUUCAAAGUUUCCUGCAUGAGACUUAUUUAAACGUUGCACACACAGCUUUUGUGAAAGAAGAAAAGGAAAUUCAGCUUGUGGGGCUCAGCGGGAGUUCAGCUAAUGCAGCUUAAAAUAAUGAUGCCGAAAAAGAAGCACUUAUCUGCAGGCAGAGCACCCCUGAUACUCUUCCUGUGCCAGAUGAUUAGUGCACUGGAAGUCCCUCUUGAUCCAAAACUUCUUGAAGACUUGGUACAACCUCCAACCAUUACUCAACAGUCUCCAAAAGAUUACAUUAUUGACCCACGGGAGAAUAUUGUAAUCCAGUGUGAGGCCAAAGGGAAACCUCCUCCAAGUUUCUCCUGGACCCGAAAUGGGACUCAUUUCGACAUAGAUAAAGACCCUCUUGUCACCAUGAAGUCUGGCUCGGGAACCCUCACAGUCAACAUCAUGAGCGAGGGGAAAGCGGAGACGUAUGAAGGAGUUUAUCAGUGUACAGCCAGGAACGAACGCGGGGCUGCAAUUUCUAAUAACAUUGUCAUCCGUCCAUCCAGGUCACCAUUGUGGACCAAAGAAAAACUUGAACGAAUAACACUUAGAAAUGGCCAGUCUUUGGUACUUCCCUGCAGACCCCCAGUUGGGUUACCACCACCUAUAAUAUUCUGGAUGGAUAAUUCCUUUCAAAGACUUCCACAAAGUGAGAGAGUUUCCCAGGGUCUGAAUGGAGACCUUUAUUUUUCCAAUGUGCUCCCAGAGGAUACCCGGGAAGACUACAUCUGUUAUGCCCGAUUUAAUCACACUCAAACCAUACAGCAGAAGCAACCUAUUUCUGUGAAGGUGAUUUCAGUGGAUGAAUUGAAUGACACUAUAGCUGCUAAUUUGAGUGACACUGAGUUUUAUGGUGCUAAAUCACAUAGAGAGAGGCCACCAACAUUUUUAACUCCAGAAGGCAAUGCAAGUCGCAAAGAGGAAUUACGAGGAAAUGUCCUUUCACUUGAGUGCAUUGCAGAAGGGCUGCCUACCCCAAUUAUUUACUGGAUAAAAGAAGACGGAACACUCCCCAUCAACCGGACAUUUUAUAGGAACUUUAAGAAAACUCUGCAGAUUGUUCAGGUUACAGAAGCAGACUCUGGGAAUUACCAGUGUAUAGCCAAAAAUGCACUAGGAGCCAUCCAUCAUAUCAUUUCUGUCACAGUUAAAGCGUCUCCAUACUGGAUCAUAGCACCUCAAAAUCUUGUGCUGUCCCCAGGAGAGGAUGGAACCCUGAUCUGCAGAGCGAAUGGCAACCCCAAACCCAGAAUUAGCUGGUUAUUGAAUGGAGUCCUGAUAGAAAUUGCCCCUGAUGACCCCAGCAGAAAAAUAGAUGGCGAUACCAUUAUUUUUUCAAACGUUCAAGAAAGAUCAAGUGCGGUGUAUCAGUGUAAUGCCUCUAACGAAUAUGGAUAUUUACUGGCAAAUGCAUUUGUAAAUGUCCUGGCUGAGCCACCACGAAUCUUUACGUCUGCAGACACACUCUAUCAAGUCAUUGCAAACAGGCCUGCUUUACUAGACUGUGCCUUCUUUGGGUCUCCUCUACCUACCAUCGAGUGGUUUAAAGGUGCUAAAGGGAGUGCUCUUCGUGAAGAUAUCUAUGUUUUACAUGAAAAUGGAACUUUGGAAAUUCCUGUGGCCCAGAAGGAUAGUACAGGAACUUAUACAUGUGUUGCAAGGAAUAAGUUAGGAAUGGCGAAGAAUGACAUUCACUUAGAGAUCAAAGAUCCAACGAGGAUCAUUAAACAGCCUGAAUAUGCAGUGGUGCAAAGAGGGAGCACGGUGUCCUUUGAAUGCAUAGUGAAACACGAUCACACUUUAAUCCCCACCGUCACGUGGCUGAAGGACCAUGGGGAGCUGCCCAGUGACGGAAGGUUCACUGUUGACAAGGACCAUUUGGUGGUCGCUGAUGUCAGUGAUGAUGAUGGUGGGACCUACACAUGUGUGGCCAACACAACUCUGGACAGCGUUUCGGCCAGUGCUGUGCUCAGCGUUGUCGCUCCUACUCCAACUCCAGCUCCCAUUUACGAUGUCCCAAAUCCUCCCUUUGAUUUAGAAUUGACGGAUCAACUAGACAGGAGUGUUCAACUGUCAUGGACCCCAGGCGAUGACAACAAUAGCCCUAUUACAAAAUUCAUCAUCGAAUAUGAAGAUGCAAUGCAUGAGCCGGGGCUGUGGCAUCACCAAACUGAAGUCCCUGGAGCUCAGACCACAGCCCAGCUGAAGUUGUCGCCCUAUGUCAACUAUUCCUUCCGAGUGAUGGCAGUAAACAGCCUGGGGAGGAGCUUGCCCAGCGAGGCAUCUGAGCAGUAUUUGACUAAAGCUGCAGAACCAGAUAAAAAUCCCACGGCUGUGGAAGGGCUGGGAUCAGAGCCGGAUAAUUUGGUGAUUACGUGGAAGCCCUUGAAUGGUUUCGAAUCUAAUGGACCAGGCCUUCAGUACAAAGUUAGCUGGCGCCAGAAGGAUGGUGAUGAUGAAUGGACGUCUAUGGUUGUGGCAGAUGUAUCCAAAUACAUUGUCUCGGGCACCCCGACCUUUGUCCCAUACCUGAUCAAAGUUCAGGCCCUGAACGACGCGGGCUUUGCUCCAGAGCCAGCUGUGGUCCUGGGACAUUCUGGAGAAGACCUCCCAAUGGUGGCUCCCGGGAAUGUGCACGUAAACGUGGUAAACAGCACCUUAGCCGAGGUGCACUGGGACCCGGUACCUCUGAAAAGUAUCCGAGGACACCUGCAGGGCUAUCGGAUUUACUACUGGAAGGCACAGAGUUCAUCAACAAGAAACAGACGCCACAUUGAGAAAAAGAUCCUCACUUUCCAGGGCAGCAAGACUCGUGGCAUGUUGCCCGGGCUGGAGCCCUUUAGCCACUACGCACUGAACGUCCGCGUGGUCAAUGGGAAAGGGGAGGGCCCAGCCAGCCCCGACAGGGUCUUCAAUACCCCAGAAGGAGUCCCCAGCGCUCCAUCCUCUUUGAAGAUUGUUAAUCCAACGCUAGAUUCUCUCACUUUGGAAUGGGAGCCACCAAGCCACCCGAAUGGCAUUUUGACAGAGUACACCUUAAAAUAUCAGCCAAUUAACAGCACCCAUGAAUUAGGCCCUCUGGUAGAUUUGAAAAUUCCUGCCAACAAGACCCGCUGGACUUUAAAAAAUUUAAAUUUCAGCACUCGGUAUAAAUUUUAUUUCUAUGCACAAACAGUAGCAGGAUCAGGAAGUCAAAUAACAGAGGAAGCGAUAACAACUAUGGAUGAAGGUAAGACGGCUGGUAUUCUCCCACCUGAUGUAGGUGCAGGCAAAGCGAUGGCAAGCCGGCAGGUGGAUAUAGCGACUCAGGGCUGGUUCAUUGGUCUAAUGUGUGCUGUCGCUCUCCUGAUCUUAAUUUUGCUGAUUGUUUGCUUCAUCAGAAGAAACAAAGGUGGUAAAUAUCCAGUUAAAGAAAAGGAAGAUGCCCACGCGGAUCCUGAAAUCCAACCUAUGAAGGAAGAUGACGGCACUUUUGGAGAAUACAGUGAUGCAGAAGACCACAAGCCUUUAAAAAAAGGCAGUCGAACACCUUCAGACAGGACUGUGAAAAAGGAAGAUAGUGAUGACAGCCUAGUUGACUAUGGAGAGGGGGUGAAUGGCCAGUUCAAUGAGGACGGCUCCUUUAUUGGACAGUACAGUGGUAAGAAAGAGAAAGAACCAGCUGAAGGAAACGAAAGCUCAGAGGCACCGUCUCCGGUCAACGCCAUGAAUUCCUUUGUUUAAUCUGUGAGCUCUUUGCCAAUAUCCCACUUUUCUCGAAUGUUUAUCUUAAGUAUUUGUCUGUCCACCUUCUCAUACUCUGAACAUUGAGGCAGAAAGUCUGUGUUCUGCUGUGUGUUCAUAUGAUGAGAACCAUCAAAGCAAGAACCUAACUCAGUCAAAUGAUAUCUUAAUGUGAACUGCAGUGCAAAGUGCAUACUUUUUCAUUCAACAUAGGUUAUCUUGAUUUCCUAAGAACUGAUAAAAAAAUAACACAGUGUCAUCAACAGAUCAUGUUCUUCCCUCUUUGGGAUACAGUUCACUAGGAUGCAUGAAAAAUGCUACACCUUUAAAGAAUAUACCUGUGUAUGUUAUUCAAACAUGGGUUGGUACUUUGUUUAUACUCUCCUCCGCUGAACCCCUAAAUAUGAAUUCCGUUUUCAUUGUCAAGAGUGUUACUGUAGUAUUCUCUAGAACUUCAAUGUCUUUGUGGGCAUUGUCGUGAAAUUGGUGACUCUAUGUCUAGCUGUCGUUAGUCUUUUUGGGAGACUGUUAGGAACAGUGUGUACAGUCCCUACUUGCUGAAUGAGUUAAUUAUGACAGGUGCGUUUGCUGAUGCUUACUGACACUCUCUUACCUGCUCUUUGCCCCUCUUACUCCAUAGACUUCUUAGUCGUCCAGGUAUUACAGCGGUACAGUGUUCUACCUUUGACAUCCUCUCUCCUUUCAGUGCUUUUUAGGCAUAAACAAUGCGUAUUGCAAUGCAUCUUGGCAUUUGUGGCAGACCGAGAGAAUACCAAACAGAUCACUCCAAUUCAGUGUCAAAAAUUAUUCCAGAAAGCACAGGGCAAGACACAUGCAGUGCCUUCAGACGAUAAGCAUUCCACAACGUACCGCCUUCUGUAUCAUUCGGUACAGUCGACUCGGAGUCGUAGAUUACUAUCAUUGUCUAAAAGUAACUUUGAAAAAGCAUAGUUCAUGAAAACUGCAAUGCUGAAAAAAAGAAAGGAACUGUGAAAAUAAAAUUAGGAAGACAGUUUAUUUUAAGGAGCAUGAUUUCCCCCAUAGGUAUAAAAAGAAAAGCUUUAUCACCAACUGGAGCAAGUGAUGAUUUUGUGGUCUUUUAUGGGUCCUAUUAAUACAAGUCACAUUCAGUAAGAAAGAUGUCAACUUGGUAGGUAGAAAAUUUUUUUUAAAAACCAGGUUAUUCCAAAACUAACAGGAUACAACAGCACACCAACAGGAAUAUAUUUUCCUCUAAGUCUUUACGUAUGUGGCAGCUUUUGAAACUCUGCAGCAUUAAACAGUGUGUAUACAAAUUGCAUGGACGCCUUGCAGAAUCUAAGAAAUCUGACAAGUGCUAACAAGGCCAACAGUCAAAGGGAUUACAUCUCCAGUUCCAAAAAGAAGCGUAUAUAUUCUAUCAUACCCAUAAAUAAUAUCUAUCAAAUGGUUUCCUUCCAAAUAUGAAAUUCUAUAACAACCUAUGGUUGAAGGAAUGCUCAGUUUCAUUUGCCAAUAAAUUGGUUUCUCAUAACUUGCAUCAAGUUUAAUUUUAAGUAAAGCUUUUUAUAUGUAGAUAUUUUGUUGAAUCUGUAAAUACACUUAAAGUGUAGAUGCUAUAUGCUUAUAGGUGUUACGUACAAAUAAACAUGCCAGCGAUGUUUAUGUUGUACUGUAUAAGGUGUUAGCUAAUUAAUACAGUGCAUGGGAUUGGAAAGCAUUUACUUAAAUGCCUUUUGGGUUUUUAUUUUCCCUUUUUGCUGUGAAACUGAAAGAGUGAACUAUUUUCCAUAUUGACAGCAGGUUUCUAGAAGAAAUCUUCAGAGCUUUGCCUAAGCACAGUUUGAAGUAAUCCCAGGUAAAGAUGGCCCUACCUAGUUUCAUAUCUCCAGUAUUCACUUUUCACAGAUCAACCUUUCUAGUGGAAAUCCAGAAAGACAAAACAGGCUGCCUUGCCAUCCGAGAGCACAAAGAUAAGUUACUUAAAAUUUGCCAGUGUGUGCAGGGACAAGAAAAGUACAGUUUUUCCUCUUCCAUAAUGGUAGAUGCUAAAUUUGUGCAUGAAGGGGUCAUUUCUGUACUUGUGCAACAGAGUUUGUAUUAAAAAUUAAAUGUGGUUUUAAAAGUCCCUCUCUCUUUUGUAAUAUAUCAUGUUCCUAGUGGAGUGUGAAUGUCCAAGUAAUGGUAUAUGUAACGGUACAGGCAGAUGUGACUGGAUUUCCGUCAAAAAAGUGACUAUUAAACAGUCGUGAUCUCUUUGUGAUUUUUAACUUCUUCAAACCUAGAUUUCCUAAUGUUUUAUUUUAUUUUAUUUUUUUAUUGGCCGUGCUGCGCGGCUUGCAGGAUCUUAGUUUUCCGACCAGGGAUCGAACCUGGGCCCCUGGCAGUGGAGUGCAGAGUCCUAACCACUGGACUGCCAGGGAAGUCCCUCCUAAUGUUUUAAAAUAGCACAAAUUUUGAUUUUUGCUUUUAAAAGGCAGAGGAAAUUAAAUGCAAAACUGGAUGCAAUAUAAGACAGAGCUAAUAAAAGAAGGGCAUAUCAAACAUUGUAAUGCAAAGGCGAAGUAGAUAUUACCAGCCUUCGGAGAAACAGUCUGAGAAGUCAGGUGCUGCUUCCUUUCCUGAAGCCUGACCUCUGCAGGCCUGUUCCCUGGUGCCUUCGGUCACCCUCUCUUCUGCCCUCCUGGACCUCCACUGUCCCCGGCCACGGCAACUGGAUUCCUUAACCUCUCCUGCUUGAUGACACAGUUUGGGCGUUGACAGGUAUCACUCCCGGGUGUGUCAUCCACCCCCUUCUCAACAGCCCAAUUCUUCUCAUGUCUCACACCUGUCCAGCUCUGCAAACAGCCAAGACCUGGCUUGUUCCUCUGUCCCUCCACCUGCCCUUGGUCCCCUGGUCCCAGCUUUCCAUCCACAAGACCUCCUGCUGGCACAGAGCUCCCUCUCGCUAUACAGUUACUUGGAUAACAACAUGAUAUAUACAUCAACGUAAGAUGCUAAUAGACCCUAUGUAGACCUUGUUAUUAGUCUUUUUACCAUGGAGAGCAUUCACUUCUGAGCAGCAAGUCAGGGUCUCCAGUCUACACCGUGAUCCAGAUUCACAAUCUACAUCCUCAGGCCACGUCAUCAGUCACAGCUCUGUUUAGCAACGGGGGCUGGCGAGCUGUAAAGCCUGACUACAAAAAGCACUGGUCUGUUGAUGCCUUCUUGUUCAGAUGAUUUAUAAUGGCCCUGGUUUUCUUUUUAUUUUUUUCAUAAAUUUCAAAUUUUAUUGAGGACCUACGAUGUGAAAAUCCUCCAAAAAAGUGUAAUUGAUAUUUCUGUAUUUUAAAGCGUAAUGAUUAAUUUUACUUUUAUAAUAUAAGUAAUUUUAGCAAACUUUUUUUAUCAUUCAGUUCCUUCAGAUCUGUAUUUAUAAAGUUGACUUUGCAGGGUGAAGAAGAAAUUAGACAAUUGAUAUAACCCAGUGUAACCUCGUUUACUUUUAAUGUCUGAUAAAAUAAUUGGAAAUAGCUCGUGGAGGCAAAGGAAAGAAAUGCAAAGAACUGAGAAGUCUCACCUGAACUGAGCAAAUCUCUCCGGCUCAUGAGAUUUUUCUACAAAUUACCACCAGAGGGCUCCCGUACUUUAUUCAAUGCAAAAGAAACUGCAGGAAAACGAAGCCUCUGGAGAAACAAUGCCAACCGCCUUUGAUAGUCAGACUGGGUCUGAUCAUGCAGAAAAUGAUUGCCUGCUGUAACCGGGGGAAAUGCAGCUUCCUCUGACGAGUUCACGACCUCCAGGGAGUACGCCUGUGUCACCUUGAGCCUUGUUAAUCUCCUCCCUCGUAUUGAUUGUGGCUGGGUGGCUGGCAGCCCAUCAGCAGGGGCAGAAGGAGGAGUAGGGGGCCUCCUGGCUCCCCCCAGAUACCCCCUCGCCUGCCAGGCGGUGGGGCUGAAGGAGGGGCGGGUCCCGAAAGUGGUCCCCCGUUUCUCCCGAUCGUGCCAUCUUGUCUGCCCCCAGCGGUUUGAUGUCUUGUGGUUGGUUAGCACAAGAAGCACAGUUUAAGCACAGACAGCUUUUCUUUUGCGCUUUAGAAAAAGCAGCAGAGGGAAAGAAUACUCGCAGAGGAUUUAUAUUAAAGAAACAAACAAGCAAACAGUUCCCAGGUGGAGGUGGAAAGAGACCAGCGUGUACCUUCCAGGUCUGCCAUCAACCAGCUGUGGAACUGUGUACAAGUGAGCCCCCCUCUCCCACCUCUCCAGGCCUCCGUUUCUUCAACUUUAAAAUGACAGAAAGCAGAUGACUUCUAACAUCCCUUUCUGCUUAAAUCCUGUGAUUCUCAGUCAUCGCCGCCGCCAAAAAAAAAAAAAAAUGUUUGAGCACCUACGACCACCAAGCAUUUUGCUGAGUGGGGAGGGUCCAGAUGAGCAAAACCAGAUGUGGGUCCUGCUCUCACGAUGCCUGGAGUCUGGUGUGAGAAGACAGACAUUAAUCAGAUAACCACCUGAAUGACUGUAAUUCCAAGAUAAGCGCUCCAAGGGGAAGGAACGCCGGUCCAUGAGAGCAAGUGAUGGAGGACGCUGACAUGUUCAGAGCGGUGGGAGGCUUCCCUGAGGAGCUGGGAGCCGGGGAACAGUAGGACCCAGGGGAGAUGGCAGGACAAAGCGGCUGCCCAGCAGAGGCCCGUGUGCCCAGAGCAGAUGCAGGGGCCAGAGGUCCUGAGCACCAAAGGAUAGGUUUUUGUAUUUAUUCAAGGGGCAGUGGAAAGAGGGGAGUAAUUGAAGGAGUUGAAGUAAAGCGUUAUAUGACCAGAUCUGUUUGGGGAGGAGGCGGAAUUCAUAGGAUUUAGUGCAGAGAAUGGGCUGGAAAAGAGCCAGAGAGGUUGAUAAAAGCCAGUGGGAAGCUUCACAGUAGUUUAGACAAGAGAUGAUAGAGGUUGGAUGCAGAUCAUAUCACUGGAGAUGGAGAGAAGCGGUGGAUUCUAAAGAUAUUUAGGAAGGAAACUGAUGGGAGUGAUACAUCAGAUAUGGGAGGUUGAGGGAAAGGGAGACAUCAAAGAUGGCACUGAGAUUUCUGACUUGUCUAACCAGACAUGAGGUUCACUUAGGUGGGAACAUGAGGAGAGAACCAGAUCUGGGGUAAGUUACGAGUUCAGGUUAAUAAAUGAGGAGUUUGACAAGCCUCUGAGACAUCCAAGUGGAAGUCACUAGUAGCAAUUGGAUAUAUGGGCUUAGUGCUCAAAAGAAACUUCUAAGGUGAUGAAUAGUGAUUGAAGCCAAGAGGCACAGGAUGAGAUUGCCUAGGGGGAAAAUAUAGACAAGAGAGCUGAGGAUUACCUCCUAUUAAGAAACUCCCUUAGGGAGUGGCAAGGAAGAGGCAGCUGGACCUCUAAAGGAGACCAGUAAACAGGAGCCAGAGAAGCUGGGAAGAAAUAAGGAGAGUGCAUUGUCUUGGAAACCAGUGACAGAGACCACUUCAAGAAGAGGGAAUGGUUUACAGUGUCACUUAAUGCCGAAAAGUCAAGCAAAAUCAUGAGCAGAAGAUUUUUGGAUUUGAAGAUAUGGAGGUCAUCUGAGACCUUAGGAAAAGCCGUUGGGUGGAGUGUAGUGACAGACUGAAGACAGCUGAGAAGUGAGUACAAAGUGAGGAAGUGGAGACAGUGAGAUUUGCCAUCACCUGCGUGGACAACCCAUCCACCCCCGGGCUCGCUCCUUCACAUCUGUGCCUCCCUAAUAAAUAAAAUCUAAGCCUCCCGCUCUCUGCCCACAACCUCCCCUCCAACCCACUGUCCCCUUAAGCUUAUUCCUUUUCUUUUUUUUCCCUCCCCUCCCCCUGUCUCACCCCUCCCCCUUCCCUCUCCCCACUGGGAACCACUAAUUUGUGAGUCUUUUUUUUUUUAUUUAAGUAAGUUUGUUGUAUUUUUUUCUCCAUCCCUUUUCCAGCAUGGAUUUUAUAGUCCAUUAUUUUUGAAACACUCCUGCUUUACCCCAAAGCCCUUUGCCCUGUGGAGGUAUCAUGUUCCUAAGGAUCAAUCUACUGUCUGCUUUCUCCCGCCUGCCCCUAGGAGCUGAGAAAUAGUAUAGGGGUCGGUGUCAUUAUAAAGUCAUAAAAUUUUCAAACGGUUCUACUCUCCGCACGGCCCUGCUUAUUUUUCUCAGGUGAAUUUACAUUCUCACACUCAGCAAUGGCUCUUUCAAAUCUUCUCUACUCUCCUCAAACAUUCAGCCCUGACCCCUCUCCCCACACAGCCUCACAACACAUCAGACUCUACAAAAUGACCUUAUAUCACAAUUCACUACAGAAAGAAAAAAAAAAGAGAUGGGAAUUCCCUCAUCUUCCUGCUAGCAAACCACAAUGCCUGCUGCAAUACGCCUCCCGUUAAAAUAGGGGAUCAGUCCUUCUACCUGCAUCUGGGAACUUCUCCUCCUUGGUGGAUUCUUACCCAUCUUAGCCCUUCUUCUGCUCAACGGGACUGUCUAUUGACAUUUAAACACCAGGUCUCUCCCUUCGAAAACUAACAGACCGUCAAAACCUGAUUCCCCACCCCAUUCACUCCCUUCCAUUAUCAUUUUCUCUCCUCCACUUCACGGUCAAAAAGGUUGAAAAAGUUGAACUAAUCCCAGGAAAAGUAAACGAUGAUAAUCACAAAAGCUACUAUUCGCCAGACAGUGUAUUCUUUGUUCUUCCUGUAGCCAUCAAACCUCUCCAGUCUCAUUCAGUGUGUCCUAUAGACACUGUCUUGCUUCAGCUGUAACUCUUUAGCAAUUAUCUCAGUGAAUGACUCAGCAAACUUUUUUUAAUCAACAAACUUUGCGCAUGUGUGUGUGCAUGUGCACGCAGGCUCAGCCUGCAUAUUGGACUCACCUGGGAGCUUUAAAAGUCCUUAUGCCUGCCUAUUCCCCCCCCCCCCCCAUCGUGUCUCUGUUCUAAUUGUCUGAGAGGUAGCUUGGCAUCAGGGUUUUUCAAAGCUCCCCAGAUGAUUCUAAUGUGCAGCCAAGACUGAAACCAGCGUGGAGAAACAACAGGUUUCCACACACUUGUGUGUGCACUUAAAAUAUUUAAUGAACAGUGUUUUGAAUAUAUUUCUUCAUACAGGUUGAUCUCAAAUUCUCUUGUAUUCCUCCCAUGAAAAACAACAAUAUAUGUAGGGAAAAUGGACCCCGCAUUGUUGGUGGGAUUAUAAAAUGGUUCAGCCACUUUGAAAAACAGUUUGGCCAUUUCUUAAAAUGUUACAUAUAAAUUUACCUUACGACCCAGAAAUUCCACUCCUGAUAUAUACCGAAAAGAAAUGAAAAAAUCGUCCAUGCAAAGACUUGUAUGCAACAGUUCACAGCAUUCAUCAUAAUAGCCAAAGAAUAACCCAGACGUCCAUGAACUGAUGAAUGCAUAAACACAAUGUGGUCUAUCUGUGCAAUUAAACAAUAAAUCCAUACAAUUAAAUGGAAUAUUAUUUGGUAAUUUUUUAAAGUACUAAUACCUGCAACAACAUAGAGGACCCUCUGUAACAUUAUGCUAAAUUAAGAAGCCAGACACAAAAGACUUCAUACUAUGUGAUUCCAUUUACUGAAAUGUCCAAAAAAGCAAAACUACAAAGAAAGAAAGUAGAUUAACGUUUGUCUGGGAAUGGGAACGGGGAUUACUGUAAAUUGGCAGGAGGGAUUUUACUGGAGUGAUGGAAAUGUUCUAAAACUGGAUCAGUGUUGAUGAUGUCACCAUUUGAUAAAUUUACUAAAAGUCAUUGAAUUGUAUACUUAAAACAAGUGAAUU